CUGUAUUUUAUGUUCUCCUAAAGCAUGAGAAUGACCACACUUUCUUUCCAUUAUCUCAAGUGAUUACAUUAUUAAAAAGACAUAAUACUGUUCAUGUUAGGUGCCUUUGAGACAGUUUCUUGAACCAACAUGGAAAACAUUUUCUGUAUUGUUUUUGCACAUCAUCAUGGGAUCAGUGUGGAAGCUACAAGUGAGCCAAGAGGCAGAGCGCGGAAGCCUGUAUGGUUAAUCGGAUUCCUCCACAACGUGGGAAAAGGGGAUGUGAAAAUUGUAUCAGCUGCUUCCUACAUGUGGGACGCUCUGUGGGUGUGAACUAAAAAUGAUAUCGCUGUUAGUUUCUGUCAGGAGAGACUUGAUUUCCCACUGGUUUUAUCUACGAAGAAAGAAACUCGUCCUUGACUUGCUUUGUUCCAUUAAUGCACACGAGUUGUUAGGGUUUACUGAUAAGGACUUAAUAACUCUAGCUGGCCUCAACUGACAUUUGCUCUCAUGAAUUAUCAAGGAUUUACUGCCUCUGCCAACAAGCAAGGAUUUUGAGACACUUUUAUGCUACCUUAGACCUUACUAGAGGGAAAUAUUGUAUUGUUUUACUACAAAACUAUAUUCGUUUGACAUUUGUUGACAUUUAAUUUGUUCUUAGUUGUUCUGGCCCACCUCAGUAGGCAUUUGGUUGACGGUGGAGGGCUGUCAGCUGAUUAACCGGAGCCCUUGGGCUAUAUAAGCUGGCCUAUGUGGUUCCUCCUGCCUCUCCCCUCCUACAGCUGACAUGCACCCUGCAUCACUUUCUUUUGCACCUUCAACACCUCCACAGCCCACAUGCUGUCAUGGCUAGACAUUCUGGUUUCCACACCCCAUUGCUCAUUUGUGCUUUCUUCUCACUGAUCCGGCUGCACCAUGGCUCUGCUCGUCCACGUGCUGGCCUGUGCCUUUGGCCUUGGCUCUUGGGUGGCGGUGAAUGGUCUGUGGGUGGAGCUGCCGCUCAUCGUCAACACUCUCCCGGAGGGCUGGGAGCUCCCCUCCUACCUGACAGUCAUCAUCCAGCUAGCCAACCUGGGACCUCUGCUGGUCACUCUCAUGCACAAACUGUGUCCGGGUCGCCUUAAAGAGCGUGUUGUCAUCUACUGCAUCCUCUCCAUCGGCGUGCUCUCCUGCGUCUUGCUCGCCUUCUUCUGGGACAAGACUACGAUAGUGGCCGGGGCAUCGCGUAGCACCGCCUUCUUCAUCAUCACCUUCUUCCUCUCUCUGGUGGACUGCACCUCCUCAGUUACCUUCCUGCCUUUUAUGAUGCAGCUUCCAGCAAAAUACAUUACCACAUACUUCAUCGGAGAGGGGCUAAGUGGAUUCAUUCCUGGCGUAGUCGCUCUGGCACAAAGUGUUGGCAUCGCCAAAUGUGUUAACUCAUCUCAGACUGCAGGAAACCACACGAAUGCGAGCUUGUGGUCAUCACAUACGGAGUAUCUUCCUCCCAACUUUUCCACCGAGGUGUUUUUCGUCCUCCUAGCAGUCAUGAUGUGCAUAAGCCUGGCUGCUUUUGCUGCACUGAACAGGCUUUCUCGGACAUUCAAGUUGUCUACCGAAAACCUCGUGCGAGACACCGUGGCAUCUGUCUGCUCCGGUCUGGAGAACCCCGGAGCAGAGACCGAUGGAGAGGGCGUUAAGCGCCAAGGUGAGGGGGCAGCCCCGAGCAAAUCUCUGUUGGCUGGCCCGAAACACUCUGUGUACCAGAUGACCUUCAUCUACUUCAUGGUGGUGUGGCUCAACUGUGCAACCAACGGCCUGCUGCCCUCCGUGCAGACGUACUCCUGUAUGUCCUAUGGGAGCCUGGCCUAUCACCUCUCUGCUGCUCUGGCAUCAGUGGCCAACCCAGUGGCUUGCACCAUUGCAAUGUUUUUCCAAAACAGGUCACUGGUGUUUCUUGGCGGGCUGGCGGCACUGGGGACAGGAUUUGGCAGCUAUAACAUGGCUAUGGCAGCUAUGAGUCCAUGUCCUUUGCUUCAAGGGUCUGUGGCGGGAGAGAUGAUCAUUGUGCUCUCAUGGCUGUUCUUCAAUGGGACACUGUCUUAUGUCAAAGUAAUGGUGGGUGUCAUCCUGAGAGACCGGAGCCACAGCGCCCUGGUCUGGUGCGGAGCUGCACAACAGAUGGGCUCGCUCGUCGGCUCGGUCACCAUGUUCCCUCUGAUUAACGUCUACAGGCUGUUUAAGUCAGGGGACUUCUGCAGCACCCAAUGUCCCUAAUGCUUGGCUGGUUUAAAGGUAAACAAAUGUGCCUACAAGCACCUACAGACCACUGAUCAUCAGGUCAUUAACCUGUUGAACUUGUAUGAUUCAUGCACAAUCAAAACGUGAAAAUGUUGUGGUUGUGGACUUGCGUACUCUAACUAUGUAUUGAUGAUCAACACAGUUGUAAUGUGUUUUAUUUAAGUUCAGAGGUGUUGGUAAGUAGAUCUUUCUUCAACUUGAUAGAGCCAGGCUAGUCGUUUUCAGUCUUAAUGCUGAGCUUACCAGCUGCUGGCUCUAUAGCUGCAUAUUUAGUAUAUAAACACGAGAGUGGAAUCAAUCUUUUCUUCUAACUUCUCAAAAUGUCAAACAACUCCAAAGAGGUUCUUCUGUAGGACUCAAGAGUCUGUUAUUCUCAGUCGUUUGUCAAAGAAGUGAUGUUUGAUGAUUUUUACACCAUGUUUGCACUUAACUUUUUCAAUGUUUGUGUUAGUCAUUUAAUAUACUAUGAUGGGAAAUGCUAUUAACUUGUAUUAGUAUUAGAUUUAAGAGGUGACACACUUGGAAGGAGCAUCUUUUGUUGAUUUUGAUUCAGUGCCUUCAGGCCAGUAAGUGCAUUGCACCGAUCGUGAAACUGCUAGCUUAUUUGCCCACUAGAUGGCGCAAGCACACUUCUAUGUAUUAAAACCUGUCAAUCCACAUUCUGCAGGAAACAAUGUGACCACAAAUCCCUGCUCAUGAAAUCUAUUUAUACAGUGCACUUGAAAAAAUAAAGUUCAAAUUUAUGUUACACAUGUAAGCUAAAGAUUUAAUGCUGACAUUAAUACACCUCUAACACGGGAUGUUUCUCUUUAAAUUUAAACAUGCAUGCAAAUAAUAAAAACCGGUUGUUGAUGCGUUUCAUUACUGUGAAUAUGACAGAGAGACAGUUAGGACAUGGACAGCUACAUGUAGUAUCAUCCUACCAGCUCCAGCUCAGUGGGGUAUAGACUGUGUGUGUGCCUAUAACAUUCAGAGAGUGGACUAACAUUGUAAAGCUUUAAUAGCUUGUUAAAUUGUUUUUUUUUUAUACUGUAUUUAUUGUAUUGUUAGGUGUACCCAGUAGUGGAAUGUAACAAAGUAGUUUUACUCAAGAAUUACAAUUUUGAGGUACUUGUACUUGACUAUUUCUAUUUUCUGCAACUUCACACUUCUACUCCUCCACAUUUCAGAGUUGAAUACAGUACUUUUUACUGUUCUACAUUUAUUUGACAGAUAUAGCUACCGGUUACUUUGCUAAUUAAGAUUUUACAUUUAAAAAAUCUAAACGUAUCUAAACAAAGUAUAAAUAAAAAACUCAACCUCGAUUCAUAAAUCAGUCUACAUCUGUAACAUUCAUUAUUUUAUUAUCUGAAGAAUGAGUACUUUUACGUUUAAUACUUUUAGUACAAACAUGCAGGAGUUAUUCUUGUAAUAGAGUAGUUUUUACAUUGUGGUAUUUGAUACUCUGACUUACGUUAAGGAUCAGAGUACAUCUUCCACCACUGUGUGUACCGAACAUCUAGUCACCACCUCUGAAAACAACGUUAUAUAGUCCAGUAGUUUCAUUUUUAAUCAAACAGACCAUUACAAGCUUCACAAAGACCAUACUAAUGUUAUAGUCCACUUAUUGUAAUUUAUUGCUCGAGUGAUGCAAUUGUGAGUCUUGAAUUACUGCCGUUCAAAUACAGACUGAAAUGCUUUCCAUAAUAAACCAGCAACAGAUUAAUAAAUCACCAACUGGCCGUGGAAAUGGUGAUAACAAACAAAAAGAAAGGAAAGAGAAAGAGCCAAGAGAAGCCAGACAGAUCCUAUAAUGUGUCUGGUCCAAGCCCCCAUCAUCCCAAUCAAAGAUGCUUCUGCACAUCCUCUCAGGAGGACGGAGGGACGCUGGUCAUCCAUGGGAACCAGAGAGUGCUCUCCCAUCAGCAGCUGUUCCUCCUCCCUGCCCCCUUGCCCUUCAGAAGGAGAGCGAGAGGUUCCCCGGCCGAGAGGAGGAGGGCUCUAAUUACUGAUGCUCAGCGGGGGCCGAUGGCUGUUGCUCCUGCCGCUGGUCACUUGGGAGCUUCCCUGACCCCGACACUGAGUAAAAACAAAAAGAUAAGGAAGGGAAAAUGGGGCCACAAUUAGCCCAGUGUAGCCUCUAGGGCCCGGGAUCAGUGGAGGAGAAGCACAGAUGGGACUUUCUCACUUGGAUUUGUUGAAUCUACAUUGCAGCAUGUGUAAGCUGCACAGAAUCACUGCGGUCGGUUGUUGAUUUGAGGAAUGCCUUUGAAUGAAAUCAAACAAUACCUUUUUAUUUUUUUGUCUUGACAUUAAAAAAGGAAUUUGUGUUUAUGCUCAUUGAACUGGGAGUGUGCACCUAAAGACUGCCUGUUAACGCUAUUGUGAACAUGACAUUGAAUGCUUAUAUGUAAUCAAAAGGAUUUCCUCUAAGCUU